AUGGCCGCGACAAUCCCUCGUUACCGUUGCCUCAACGGCCAUUCAUGGUCCUCCCCGUUCAAGGUCUUCCUCCCGCAUGCCACAGCCUCGACCUCUAGCUCAGGACCCUCCCGAUCCUUCGCCACCACGACCGACGACCUCCCCACCACCAACCCUCGAGCCAAACGCACCACAUUCGCCGACAAGCUCAAUGCCGGUCCUUCAUUCUCGGACUUUGUUUCUGGGAAAGAAGCCCCUCUCGACCCAGCCGAGGCCUACGCUCUGAAAACGGCGCUUGUAGGCCCAAAGGGCAAGAAAAAAGAAAUCACCCGGCUUCCACCAUGGCUGAAAACACCCAUACCAGACAGCUCAUCUUACAAGAAGAUCAAAAACGACCUGCGCGGUCUGAAUCUGCACACUGUAUGCGAAGAGGCGCGAUGCCCAAACAUUUCCGACUGCUGGGGCGGAAGCAGCAAGUCAGCCGCGACGGCGACAAUCAUGCUCAUGGGCGACACCUGCACGCGAGGCUGUCGCUUCUGCAGUGUGAAGACAUCCAAGGCCCCUCCUCCCUUGGAUCCUCAUGAGCCGGAACAUACAGCUGAAGCUCUGUCGCGAUGGGGACUGGGCUAUGUGGUCCUGACCAGUGUGGACCGUGACGAUUUGGCGGAUGGUGGUGCCCACCAUUUCGCGGAGACGGUUCGCAAGAUCAAGUCCAAGGCUCCCGCGAUGCUGGUCGAGUGUCUCACGGGUGACUACGCCGGUGAUUUGGAGAUGGUCAAACUCGUCGCCACUUCCGGGUUGGACGUGUAUGCGCACAACGUCGAGACGGUGGAGGCGUUGACGUCGCAGGUGCGCGACCGCCGUGCCACGUUCCGGCAGUCUCUCAGUGUCCUGAAGGCCGCUAAGGAGGCCAAGCCGGGACUGAUCACCAAGACCUCCAUCAUGCUCGGACUCGGCGAGACCGAGGAACAAGUCUGGGCUGCAAUGCGCGAAUUGCGUGCCAUUGACGUCGACGUGGUCACCUUUGGUCAGUACAUGCGGCCGACGAAGCGACAUAUGCCUGUGCAUGAAUAUGUCACGCCUGCUGUGUUCGAGCAGUGGAGAGUGCGGGCUCUCGAGAUGGGCUUCUUGUAUGUUGCCAGUGGCCCGCUGGUCCGGAGCAGUUAUAAAGCCGGCGAAGCGUUUAUCGAGAACGUGUUGAAGAAGAGACGGGCGGGCCGAGCGGAGACUGCCAAUGCUGAUAUCGCGGGUGACAUUCCUGUCAAGAUCAUCGAGUCUGGAAACCUUUGA